AUGGCCGCUGGUGGAUCGAAUGGCGCCUAUUCUUACGAUUACCAGUACUACUGGGACUACAUCUAUGCCUAUGAUUUCGCCUCCAGUAAUCUGACGCUGGGCAACUUGACCAACAUCACCUACGACGUCUACGACGCCUCUGCCAUUCCCGACAAUGCGCCGGACGGAAGACUCGUGGUCGCCAUCUUUGGCUUGAUCUUCCUCGUCGGUAUCCCAGGCAACACGCUCGUGGUGUAUGUGGUCUCCAAGAAUGGCGCCAUGAAGACAGUGACGAAUUUGUACCUGGUGAAUCUGGCCAUUGCUGACUUGCUUUUCCUGACGCUGUGCAUCACCUUUACUGGAUCCGCUUACGUCAUGUCCUGGCCAUUCGGAAACGCCAUAUGUAAACUUGUGAAUUACUUGAUGGUUGUGACUAUGAGUGUAAGCGUACUCACUCUCGCAGCCAUGUGUAUCGACAGGUACUACGCCAUCACCAAACCCAUUCGGUCCAAAUUGUUCAGGACGAUCCGUAGGACAACCAUCAAGCUGCUCUCCAUCUGGGGACUCACAAUGAUCAGUCAGAUUUCUGUGGCCGUCAUCUCACAGACUGUGGAAUUCUGGGACAAGGGACAAGAGCGGAAGUACUGUGUGGAGAAGUUUGCCGACUUCCGAUAUCGCCAGGCCUACACUUUGUUAGUUUUCGGCAUUCUCUUUGUGGCACCUUUUGGAAUAAUAGCCAUCUGUUAUUUGCGCAUGUCGAAAUUUUUGUUAAACAGCGUCCGGCCGGGUGAAACGCAGCUGACCACAGGAACUGUGAAUGCUUUAAAAUCUCGCCGCAAAGUGGCGCUGAUGAUGCUUGUGGUGACGCUAGUGUUCGGUCUUUGCUGGCUGCCACUUCAUAUAGUGUACCUGAAAAGUGAUUUCGGACCGUCCGGAUACAGUUCAUUCUUUGACUAUUUCAAGGUGGCCGCCCAUUGUUUGUCCUACGCAAACAGCGCCGUAAAUCCCCUGAUCUACUGCUUCAUGAGUAAGCACUUUCGCCAAUGUUUCAAAAUGGCCUUACCGUGUAAAGGUACCGCCCAGCAGACGUUGCCUGUGGCUGAUCCAGAAGCACUUCAAAUACCGCUAUUUCCCCGCCGGAGACAGAAUUCGGACGUGCACAUGCGCAUAAACGUGGACAACGUUCCCGAGCGGGAAUUACAGCCGCCGUCUCCAGUGAAUGAAAUUGAAGAAAACCAUGAGCAAAGCCAGCAACGCAAAAGAAGGGCCAGAUUAGAUACCAUGUCAACUAGUACUUAG